AUGAACAGCUCACCGAAGAGAUGUGCGAAUGAGGUCUCACUUCUUCCCUACGACUUAAUUUUCAAAAUUCUUCUUCUCCUUCCUGCAAAAGACAUCUUAAAGCUAACUCUCGUAUGCAAAACAUGGCGUACCCUGAUAAGCAGCCCUAAUUUCAUCGAAUCCCACACCACUCGUUGUGAAAAAGUUCUCACAUUUCUUAAACAAUUCUCCGAAUCACGCCCAAAUACAUUCGAUAUCAACACCAAUAACAACAAUCAAUUCACACUCUUCGACCCAAAUCCUCCCAAAAAGCAAAAACUUCAAAUCUAUCUAAUGGAAUUCAAUUUCAAACACCAAAACGCCACAAUCACCGACCCAAACAUUUCCGGUUUCCGCGAAAUCUUAGCCACAUGUAAUGGUUUAAUUCUAGCGACAAACAAAACCGGGACUUUACUAAUCUUGAAUCCCACAACCCGAAAGCUCCUCCCACUCAAAUCCGGAACCAUAGUUCAAACCCGUGAUGAAUCAUACGGGUUUGUAUUCAGCCCUAAAACCCAACAAUAUAAAGCUAUACACGUGUUCAGAGACGAAUCGGGUCACAUAGACACUGAAAUACUAAGCUUAAGCACAAUGCAAUGGACCGGGUGUCAUGUCCCCACUUUCGGGCUCUUCCGUGACUUCACACACAAACCAGUUUCCACUUGUGGGGUUCUUUAUUGGCUUCCAGGGACUAAUAAUGUAAAUUAUAUAAUCUCAAUGGAUAUAGACAAGGAAAAGUUUUCCCGUAUGGAUCUUCCAGUUACAACUGGGAUGAAUGAUCGACUUAUUGAGAAUGGUGAUUUGUUGAAUUUUGUUGCUCAAUUGACGGUUUACCGGAUUCAAAUAUGGACAUUGAAACGGGCCGAAUGUGAGGAAAUUUGGGUCAAGAAGUGUACGAUUAACAUGGAUUAUGAUAUAACAGGGUUGAUUCCGGUUUUCAUGACGAAAAAUGGGAGGUUUUUAGUUUUUAAGAAGUGGAGAGAAGCGGUUUAUGAGUAUGAUAUGGAAGAAGAGGAAAUGGGGAAGGUGGUGAUUGAUGGGGAUCGGAAUUUUAAUUAUAGAAUGGCGUUUACGCAUUUGAAUACGCUUGUUUCAUGGUCGAAUUCCACACCGUUGUGGUAG